GACUUUUAUUUUGGUGUAAUGUGAUAGGCUGUUGUUGUUGACCAUGUUUACAGUCAUAAGUCAAGAAUUGAACCGCGAAAUGUAGAAAUCUGUCUGCAUGAGUAAACAUGGCGCUGCAACUUCCCCCAGCUGGUUUAAAAACCAUAACCGGUUACAUUUUACCAGAGCGUCAGGUUGUCCAGUCAAACCAAGAUGAGGUUUCAGAAAGUGAAGAUGAAGAGGAAAUACAGCCUGAGUUUCUUGAUAUGAAGGAGAUGGACUCUGUCUCAUCGGGGGCAAACGUAUUUAAAUCUUCCGUGCCAACGUCAAAAGAAGUAUCAUUUAUGGCCGGUAAUAAGACGUACUGGGUUGAGGGCCGUUUUCUCCUCUGUGAUCCCUGGUGGGAGAUAACCUGCACAGUUCGCCAAGGCCAGCACAAAGCUUUUGUCAAAGGCUAUCCCUCCUACAGCCUCCGCACCGGUCUGAGAUCAGAGGGCCGGUCACUGGUGUCUCUUUUUCUUACAGCAUCUGGAGCACAACCUGACUUCGUUAACAUGUUCAUGAAUUGGUUGCCCAUUGACAGACAUGUGGAGCUUGUCGAAGUGCUGGAUGCCCUGCAGGAGUUUGAAGAUUCAUCACCUGAGAAUAAAGCUGUGGCUGAACAGCUCAAGUCUUACGUCAAUCGCUCAGUCGCUUGGACACACGUGAGAGUUGCCAGCUUGUACCCUCAAAUCAUGAAAUACUUACCAACAUUGCUUCCAGGCCAGUUUAUGGAUAUAAUCAACAAAGGAAGAAUGGAACACAUGCCGGAAACUUCUGAAAGAGAUGAUCCUACUGCACAAGAGCAGAACAAUACAAAUGUAUUAGCCAAACUUGAGGAGCUCAUUAAGACUGAUGUAUGGAAGUUGGGCUUCAACUAUAUCAUGUUUAAAGAAUUACAUCUGAUCCGGUGUGAAGCAAAAGUGGAGGCCUUCAAGGACUGUCAUUUGUUUUGGAGAAUCCCGGUGCUGCAGCGUAACGCCUUACUGUUAUAUGCGGAACUGAAAAGACAUUGCGGAGCAACUGGCAGCACGUACGCCAAACGCGAGAUGUUGGUGAAUAACAUAUUGGAUGAUACAGGAGUUAUGGGUGCCUGGGAAGCUUUGCAUUUCCUUGUGGAACAGGGGGUGCUGGUGAGGGAUGCUGAAAAGGUGGCACUUAGGAACCUCUUUAGCUAUGAGAAAGGCAUUGGCGAAUGCUUGAGGGGUCUGGUUGAGGGAGAACCCUGGAAGAUCCACUUGGAUGUACGGGAGGUUCUUCUCGAAGCACAGCUGGAUAGAUUAAGAGCGAAAGCUUGUAAAAAGCACAGUACGGCUCAUUUGAGGAAAUCUAAGGAUGAUGCAAAAAUAUCAAUCUCAUUAGCACAAAAUGACAUAGUUCAGGCUGGGUGUGAGCAGAUGCAUCUUGAUUUUGCACAGCCUGAAGCUUCAGGCAUAGACCACAAUGGAGGAACGCCAGCACGGCAUUGUGAUUCUCCUCAGUCCUAUGAAAUUACAAAUCUCACCAUUAAAGAGGAAAGUCUCACUUCAGACUCCGAUGACUCCACCUACUUGGAUAUUGAUCCGUCUAAUAUAGAGUUGGAUCCCGAUCAGUUGCGAGCAGCAGAAAUGAUGUGUGCCAACCCGGUAACCGUGAUCAGUGGGAAGGGAGGUUGUGGGAAAACCACAGUGGUCAGCCUAGUGUUCAAGGCGGCUAUGGAGCAACAGACAAGUGACAGGGAAGAGGUGCUGAAGGCCUGUGAGGUCUUUCAGAAUGACUCUCAAGGGUCCAGUAAUGGGCUGCUGUCAGACGAUCACGAGGAGAAAAAAGAUAAAGAGGCGAGUGACAGUGAUGAAAAGCCUGUGGAGGUUCUCCUCACUGCUCCUACAGGGAGAGCUGCUUCACUUCUUACUAAGAGAACUGGCUUUACUGCUUAUACUAUGCACCAGGUUUUAUGGAGUUUCAUGAAUGCAAAAAAAGAUCCCAGUGGAAAUCCACAGGAUUGGAAGUUCUCGAGGGUGCGGGUGCUGGUGGUCGAUGAGGGGAGCCUGGUGUCAGUUCAGAUCCUUCACUCCAUUCUCAGCAUGCUUACCAAACAUGCAGAACUCCAGAAGUUCAUCAUUUUGGGAGAUGUGAGGCAGCUGCCGAGCAUUGAGCCUGGAAACACACUGUACGAUCUGUUUGAAGGCCUCAAGGAUGUCCGUUGGGCCAUUGAGAUGAAGACCAACCAUCGUGCCGAGUCUGAGCUCAUUGUCAGAAACGCUGGACUCAUUUCAGACAUGGGUAAAAAAAGGCGUUACAGCCCUCUGGAGUUUGAUGCCACCAUAAAAAUGACGAGACCUUCCACAGUGCCAUCUGACAGAAGGUUCAUUUUUGUCGAAAUCAGUGGGGAAAAUGAUAAUUUUGACCUCCAGGACGCCAUUAUAUUCUUACUCAAGGAAGGUCCUGGACUGAAAGAUGAUAAAUUGUCUCAAUUUGUGGCUUUCAGGAGGAAAGACUGUGAGUUGGUAAAUGAGCUUUGCUGCAAGCAUUAUUCUCAGCAUAUUACAAAGACUCCCAAAAAGACAUGGAACUUUCAAAGAAGGGAUAAAGUUUGCUGCACUAAGAAUGGCUAUGUCUCGGACCAUGAGGAGAAGAGAGGAGUGACUUCCUGUGAUACUGUCAGAGCUUCACAUGAUAGUGCCAGAUCUUCCCAUGAUAAUGCCGUAAACCAGACACAAAAUGAACAGACGAAAGAGAAGAAGGAGCGACUGUGCAAUGGGGAAAUUUUCUUCAUUAAAGAUGAUGUGACUAAGGAUGAGGAGAAUAAUAAGGAAGGAAGAUGUAAAAAAAUAAGGCGCUACCUGACACUAGAUGAUGAAAAUGGGCGCGUGGUGACUUGUAACUACAGGGAGCUACAGAGAGAGUGUAAACUGCGCCAUGCUUGGGCAAGAACCAUUCACACCUUUCAGGGCUCAGAGGCUGAAACUAUUGUGUACGUUCUUGGAGACAGCAUUGCUCAAAACUGGCAGCAUGUAUACACUGCAGUGACACGCGGUCAGAAGCGUGUGUAUGUAGUGGGUACAGAGCGUGACCUAGAAGGAGCCAUCAGGAAAAGAAUCACCCCACGUAACACACAAUUGUGCAGGUUUGCUAAGAAAAGCGUUGGACAAAAAGAUCCUGAAGACUCUUUGACUCAGUCUGCCUGCAGUCAGAAUCAAGUGGCGACCCCUGUGAACCACAGUUUUGGGCCAUCACAGUCCACACCAGUGGCCCCACAUUGCUCCAGCCGCCCCGAGCCAUUCUCCAGCACAAAACCUUCAUGCGUACGACACCUUUACAAGGAAGAAAAUGGACAAAGCCAUCAAACGUCCAAUAUCUCUUUACAAGAUGACAUGGCAUUCAGUCAAACCUACUCUUGGUCGCCCAUGGAUGGUUGUGAUGAGCCAACCACGGUGCAGAAUGAACAUGUGUCCGAAUUAUCCAAUCAUGUUGAAGAUGCAACAUUGUUAUGGGCGAUCAGCUCUUCCCCAAAUGAAAGCAGCAGGGGCUCUAAGCGGAUGAUUCCCGUGGACACCUGCAGUACGCCGACUAAACUACCAAAGAAAACCACUUCAGAAGAGUCUCCGUUCAGCUCAAAGCUGAAUCUUCUGUCUAUUACAAGUCCCAGCUCCAAAUCCCACGGCAGGCAGCUGUUCCGAGACGAUUCAUAUCCUCCCAGAGAAUAGCCGAAGAGUGGUCAUUAUCACACCCAACAUGCCAAAGCUGGAAAGAACUAAAUCAGUAAACAUGUGCAAGUUAUUUGGCUUUUCAGAGGAUGUGGAUAAACCUGAAUUCACCCAGAAUGACAAAAUCUCGUAAUACAAUAUUAUGGCUCUGAGUUCUAUCUGCUUCUUUUGAAAAGUAUAAUUCUUAAAUUAUAUUUAAGUAACAACUGGGUAAAAGAAGAGAAAAGAAAUCUGAAACUAAAGUGCAAUUUUGCUAUAUUUAUCCAAGAAAAUGUUAAAUGUAGACCAGAUUUGUAAUUGAAGUCCGUAACUCAUCCUUGUUUAUUACCAUAUCAUUUUAAAAUCACUUUUAUGUUUUUAUCUUUCCUGGCAAACUUGUUAAGGUACAAACAUGUUAUGCAGGUCAAUUUUUUUAAAUUUCCACAGCGUUUAUAUAAUAUGAAUCACAGCUUUUGUGUCUAUCAGGGCUGAAGCAAUUGUUUGACUUUAGGCUUUAUAUGAACAAUUCAGGAUACCUUAAUCACUGUUAAGGCUCAAAAAUCCCUUUGAGGUUUUAUUGGGUAUUGUAAUGGUUAUUUCACUUUUUAUUUAAAGCCUGAAGCAUGUGACGGGUUUAUCUCCAAAGCUCAGUAUGAUGGUUGUCUAACAUCAGAUCUUGAUCUAAUAAACCAGACUGAAGCAGC